CAGCGCCUGUGAACCGAGAACAGGAGAACACAACAGUCUACGUAGGAGUCGGGCACAACGCGCCAGAGGGAUUAUGGGCUGCGACGACAAGUGCGGGUGCACCGUCCCGUGCCCCGGCGGCCGGGACUGCAGGUGCACGUCGGCGAGGAGCGGCGCCGCCUCGGCGGAGCACACCACGUGCACGUGCGGCGAGCACUGCGGCUGCAACCCGUGCGCGUGCGGGCGCGAGGGCACGCCGUCCGGGCGGCAGAACAGGAGGGCCACCUGCUCCUGCGGCGCCGCCUGUGACUGCAUCUCCUGUGGCUCCGCCUGAUCGAUCCGUCGGCGGGCUCUCUGAGCCAUGGACAGAUGCACACAGUACCAAUCGGAGCUCAGCUACCUAUACUUCUGAGUUAGCAAUAAAUAAGUGCUUAGAUCUGUCGGAUGUGUGCGUGUGAACUCGUGUUUACUUGCUACUCGCAUCGUUAUGUAAUUAAGAACGAAUAAGAAGUCGAUUAUAUGUAGUACGUACAUAA